GCUGGAGGAUCAAAAAAUGCAAAGUGGCCGCGUGCGUUUCCUCUCCUGCUUUGGCGAAAGAUGCUGGAAGGAAAGGACCGGAUUUUGGGGGGACGCUGAGGUUGCAAGGCGAGAAAGAGCUUGAGCUUCACCCAAAGCUUGCCCAAAAAUAGGGGGCAGAAUGGCGUCAAGCAGAUGUUGUAGAUCAUCGGCUGUUUGCUCUGAAGCAGCUUCCCUGCAGCUGGCUCAGGGACCAGUCACGUUCGAAGAAGUGGCCGUGUAUUUCACCGACGAGGAGUGGGCCCGGCUGGAUCCGGGCCAAAGAAGUUUGUAUGCGGAAGUGAUGUUUGACAACUAUAAGACGGUGACCUGGCUGGAAAGCGCCUUGAGUGCGAAGCCUCAUCUUAUCUCCUGGCUGGAAGAAAGAGAAAAAGACAGCUUUCUCCAGAGUGCAGCAGAAAAAGAGAGACUAUCAGCGAAAGCCGAUGGGACGGUUGGUAAGAUUGCUUGGGAGGAUUAUUUUCGUCUCGAAAGCUCCUCCUCAGAAGAAGAGGAAGAGGAAAAUAAGGAAGAAGAAGGCGUUGGUGCUGAGUUCCCACCAAAAAGUGUUCCAGAAAACAUUCCCUUUCUGUGGGACAACAGGGAGCUGGGAGAGGACAGUUCUCAGCUAUUUAAAUACCCUUCCUUCAACUUCCAAAACCUCUCCUUGCCGAAGACAGAACCCCGUUCGCUUCUCCUCCUACUGAAAUUCUACAUCCAAGCCCUCCUUUCUGUCCUGCAUUCUACCAUGAGCAUGUUCGAGGCGUAUCUGUCGGGUCUCCGGCGCCAACGGAGAAGGAGGGAGCUGAUCAGCCUGGCUUUCCGAGAACAGUUCUUGAGGCUCCGUCGGGCGAGCCGCCUGCUAGAGAAACGGAGGAACCGGCGCCGAGCCGUCCUCCUUGGGGUGUUGGACAAUGGGCCCCUGCCUCGCCGCUGGUGGGUGUCCCCCGCCACGGGCCCCAAUUGGUGGGAAACGUUCACCCUCGAAACCACUGAGGACGAGAAGUGGAUCGAGCAUUUCCGCAUGAGCCGAGGCACCCUCUUUGAAAUCGCCGACGUCCUCCGGCCCAAGCUGGCCCGACAAAGGACCAUCAUGCGGGAGGCCAUCUCCGUGGAGAAGCGCGUGGCCAUAGCGGUCUGGUGGCUGUCCAAUCUGGAGUGCUACCGGGUGGUGGCCACCCAGUUCGGCAUUGGGAGGUCCACCGUGGGAGAGAUUGUUCUGGAAGUCUGCUUUGCAAUUGAGCGCCUCUUGGGCCCCCAGGCCGUCUGCUUGGGGGACUACAAGGAGAUCAUGAACGGUUUCAAGGCGAUGGGUUUCCCUCAUUGUGUUGGCGUCCUGGACAGGACUCAUGUGCCUUACGUUGCCCCGACAGGACAGGCCGAGGAAUCCGUCAACCGCAAGAAAUGCUACUCUAUUCUGCUUCAGGGCACGACGGACCACACGGGCCGAUUUAUUAACGUGGAAGUCAAGAAGAACGUGGAAAACAUCUUCUCCAGGUCCACCUUAUGCCAGGCCAUGGACGCGGGAACGUUCGUUCCGGGCCACCCUACGAUCACCCUGGGCGGGGUGGAGGUCCCGCCGCUCGUCCUGGCCGACAGCACCUACCCGAUGCGGAAAUGGCUCUUGACCCCCUACGAGGAGGAACUGGAGGAGAGGGAGAAAGUGUACAACCAGGCGUUUGGCCGCUGCCACAGCCUGGUGGGGCGGGCCCUCGGCCGCUUGAAAGGCAGGUGGCAGCGCCUGACAGCCCGGCUGCCGGUGGCGGAGGAUAACGUGGUGGCGGUGGUCACGGCCUGUGCCGUGCUGCACAAUAUUUGCGAGCUCAAGGGACACGCAGUCCAGGAAGGCCUGGAGGCGUCCGACAGCAUCAUGCUGCCCGAAUACGACGAGGAGCCAUGUCCGUACAGCCUUCGAGACGUCAGGAAAGGGGAGCGUGUUCGCGAGGCGAUCACGGAUUUUCUGACUGAGAACCACCGCAGUUGACUGGGACUCUUCCUGUCGUUUAGAUUUCUGUGGAUACGCGUUCUUUUCAAUAAAAAUUACUUG